UCUAUCUCCUCUGUUCUUCUGUCUUUGGUUCUCUUCUUCUCUCUGUUUCCGUUUCGGAUUUGGCUUUCUGACUGAAACAAAUUUUCUUAAAUGUUUUUUUGUAGUCACUAUUUUCUUGUUUUGGAUCAGUGAAAGAGAGAUGAAGAUUACCUAUAAACACUCGUGCCACAGGCAUAGCUUGAAACGCUACGGCUGGACCCUCGAUUGGAUUUUAAACCGCUACGGUAGAUCAACUUGCAAAGGGUGCAGGGUGCAGGUCUCCAAUGAUUUCUAUGGUUGCAUAGGAUGCAAGUAUUGGGUCUGCAGAUCAUGUUAUAAAUUGCCGCCAGAGAUCCGACACCCCUUUCACAAGGAACAUCCCCUCACUCUUCUCUUUGAAUCACCUUAUAAGGGCCUUGGUGUUGAAUGCAAUGCGUGCUCCAAGAAGUGUAUGGGCUUCAUUUACAACUGUUCAGAAUGUAAAUUUGACCUGGGCGUUAAAUGCGCUUCGCUCAUUCCCACUACCAAAAAUCACUCGGAGCAGCGGAUGUUCUCUCACCCCCAUCCGUUGAUUCAUUGCAAUAGGGAUAAUAAAGAUUUUGAUUUUUCAUGCUCCAUGUGCCACCUACCCAUACCCAUCAAGGCCAUCAUCUAUGUUUGUUUAGAUUGCCCCGCUAUCAUGGGUGAUUCAUGUGCCCAACUCACAGAUCACUUUUUUCCUGUUUUCGAUCACAGUAAGAGAGAGAAGGAGAUUACCUAUAAACACAAGGGCCACGGGCAUGUCUUGGAACGCUACGGCUGGACCCUCGAAGAGAUUUUAGACUGCGACUAUAGCUGUACUUGCAAAGGGUGCGGGAUGCGGGUCUCCAAUGAUUUCUAUGGUUGCGAAGGAUGUGAGUAUUGGCUCUGCAGAUCAUGUUAUAAAUUGCAACCAGAGAUGACACACCCCUUUCACAAGGAGCAUCCCCUCACUCUUCUCUUUGAAAAAGGUGAUUCUUCCUGCUAUGCGUGCUUCAACAAAUGUAAGGGCUUCAUUUACAACUGUUUAGAAUGUAAAUUUGACCUGGAUGUUAAAUGCGCUACGCUCAUUCCCACUACCAAAAAUCACCCGGACCAGCGGAUGUUCUCUCACCCCCAUCCAUUGAUUCCUUGCAAUAGGGAUAAUAAGGAUGUUGAUUUUUCAUGCUCUAUGUGCGACCUACCCAUACCCAUCAAGGCCAUCAUCUAUGUUUGUUUAGAUUGCCGCGUUAUCAUGGAUGAAUCAUGUGCCCAACUCAUACAGCAGAUCACACAUGACUUUCACCCUCAUCCUCUCGCUCUCCAGAAUUUUCGUUCUCUUUUCGAGCAUUUCUGCAACGCCUGUGGGGAUUUUAAGAAUGGUUUCCACUACAGAUGUUCUGAAUGUAAUUUUAUUCUGGACGUAAGGUGCGCUUCUCUGAAACCCAAAGCCAUUGAAAACCAGCUCACAUUCACCCACCGUCAUGAUCUGCUUCCCUGUGAUUGUGAUACCAAAGGGAAUUUUAGUUUUCUCUGUUCUGCUUGUGCUAUAUCCAUCGAGGAUGGUACAGUCUAUGUUUGUCUUGAAUGCCAGCUUUUCCUACACAAAUCAUGCGCUGAAUUGCCACCAUUUAUCAAACACCCCUUUCAUUCUCCACACCGUCUUCAGCUCCAGGAUAAAAAAUAUAGUGACCGUUCCUCAUCAUGCGCGGCAUGUAAAUGUUCUGUUUCAGGCUUCAAGUACUGGUGUGCCGAGUGUCACUUUGCAAUAGAUGUUGCAUGUGCUUCGCUAAGCUACUCCACUUUCAAAUUUGAUCAACUUCACCACCAUCCUCUUACUUUCUUCAGCCAUAACAGGAUUAGCGAAAAUGAGUGCAUUUGUGGACGUAGCCUAGGUUUGCCUUUUUUCCGUUGUGUGCCAUGCGAUUUCACUCUCAACUUGUGCUGUCUUCCCACAUUACCACAUACAAUUAAACAUAGCUGUCAUGACCGACACUCACUCACCCUCACUCGUUCUCCCGUCCUUGACAAUUCCUCUGAUGAUGAAGACUCGGAAUAUUACUGUGACCUUUGUGAAAAACGGAGAAAAUACCGUGAUCCAACUUAUUACUGUGAGGAGUGCCACUAUGUUGCUCAUCUUAGUUGCGUGUUUGAUGAGAUUCGCCCUUCACUAGAAAGAGAGUGGUCCUUGGCAGAAGACGAAGAGAUUAUAAUGCCUCAAAUAGAGGUGGAUGUACUGACUGCAAAAUUAGAGACACUAAAAACAAAAUUGGAUGAACUUAAGGAGAAACGUGCACAACAUAUUAGUGACUACCAAGUUUGGGUAGUGGAAAUGGAGAUUAAAAAGGCGUUUUUAAGUGCCACAAUAGAUGAUCUUGCCAUUGCUAAAGUAGAUGAAGAAAUUAUAAUGCUUCAAGCAGAGGUAGAUCCACUGACAGCAAAAUUGGAGACAUUAACAACAAAAUUGGAUGAACUUAAAGAGAAACGUGCACAACAUAUUAAAAACUACCAAGUUGGGGUACUGGAAGUAGAGAUUAAAAAACCAUCAACAUCAACAUCUGCAAUUGCUAAAGCAGAUGAAGAGAUUAUAAUGCUUCAAGCAGAUGUAGAUGCACUGAAAGCAACGGUAACAACAAAAGCGGAUUACCUUAAAAUGAGACUUGAGCAGCAUAUUGAUGGUAUACCUUCAAUUGGCACAAAGUUAUCUUUGGAUGUUCUUGACGAGUCUGAUGAGGUGGUUGAUUUGGAUGUUCUUGGCGACUCUGAUGAGGUGGUUGAAGAAGACUCUAGUGUGGAAAGUGAAGAAGAUCAAGAGAGUGAUACCACCCUAGUUGAGCUAGAUAAAAAAAUAAAGGCAAUAACAGAGAAGUUGAAGGCACUAAAAAAAAAACAUGCACGUCAUCUCUCAGGUCUUCAGCACAGGAUCCACAGCACCGUCUAACUGGGGUUUCAGCAUUGAGUGUCACCCUGCUAGGGGUCUCUGCUGUGAUGUUAGAUACGAGACAUUUUGGUAGUUAUGUUGAGAAGUUGUGUGUGUUGUUUAUGUGCAUCUUUUUGAGUACUUUAGCAAAUCAACAUGUUGUUGGUACUCAGCAUAGAACCAUAAUUACCAUUUCAACAGUAAGCCCUUGGGGAUCUACAGCACCGUCUUGACUUUGGUAUUUUGACUUUGAGUUUAGAUGCUCCCUGUUCGAAAUUUAUGAAUGAAAGAUUGUAUAUAUGUGUGUGUAUCACCUGAUGCAUAUUUUCUUAUUUGUUUUGUGUUUGUGCUAUUGAUAUGAAGAAGAUGUAUCUGUCAAAGGUUUAAACCUACUGUUAAUCAGAAGUGAUUGUGUAUUUUUCUCAUCAAUUAAGGGCUUUUG